CUCGUCUGAAGGCAGGUGAGGAAAUGCGUGUGUCACUACAUCACUGUGAUUAAAGGGUCUUUUACUUUCAGAGGACGGAUGUUUUGCGUCAUCGCAUGACCAGAACGUUACUCCGAUGGCGUCAUCGCCGCAAGGUCCGAAGACCGAGUUUCGUCAUAUUUGGGAAAGGCCUGUUAUGAUGUCCGAGGUGCGUAAAUUUCAUGAAGAAUGGAGCAAAACAAGCGACUGAAAACGGCUUGGAAAGACGCCUGGUUCCCCUGACUUCCGUUAAAAGUGCAGUUCAUCCACUGACAUUGAUGGGCCUUUUUUGUGUGAUCCACUUGGAUGUUAUUUGCUUGCUGUUAUCUGAGCGGAGAUGCCAGGAUCAACCAACAAAAUAUGCACGUCGUGCCAGGCCACCAUCGGUGUGGCAAGUAAAAUCUGCAAGGCCUGCGGAGGAAAACAACCGUAUAAAAUACUUAAACAGAAAAGGCUCGAAAGGGCUAAACAGCGGAUCGUACAGUCUCCCCAUGGACUGAAGGCGAAUGCAGUCAAGUUAAAGGACGCUGCUUAUGUGCAUCUUCACAAUCUGCAUGCUGCUGGAUACGUCCCUCUUCUUCUACUGGGGAAGAAGAAAGGAUCGAAGGUGACGGCAGAACUCUUGACCUUGUCUGAGAAUCCCAGCCCACAGGAGCGAAUUACAUACAAAGCCAUAGAGUCUGUUUUUGAGAGUUUUCUGAAUGUUUACUUUGAUGGGACCACUUGUGUUACUACCACUCAACCUGCACCAAGCCCACCUGUCUACACCCAACCAGUCCCCCUCCAGUCUUCCACUACCUCAUUCAACUGUACUGCGUUUUCAAAUCCCUCCCCUACCUCCGUGGAAUCAACCCACCCAGCCUCUACGUCUGACCUGCUGUCCUCUCCAUCCACAUCCAGCGCACCAAAGGAGAAGGGCAAAGAAGCGAUUCCUGAGGUCGCAGCUUUAAGAAUUGAGGCUCAAGGUCCUGACAGCAGCGUAUCAGACGGUCUUGAUGUCCUGAUGGUCCCUGACAUCACCGGUGUUUUGGAUCCUCAGCCGAUUGUCCAGUUUGAUGACAUUUCAUUAGUCAGUCUCUUCUCUCCGUCAGUCCCUUUCGUCAGUCAGCCUUCCUGUCCUGGAGAGAGCAACAGAAGGAACGAUCAGAGAGAGCAGGAGCUCGACAGUCUAGCGGCCUGGACACCCCCUGGUGAAGACCCAGCCGAGAUGAACAGAUCCAUCCACCAGGUUCCCGUCUGCCCCCUUGAUCUGGAGCCCACCUACCCCUUCUCAGAAGACGACGCUCAUAAGCUGAUAUAUCAGUGUAGGGAUCUAUGGAGUAUGAAGGAUGUGUCCAUGGAGGUCCCCAGCCUCAACAUGGAGGAAGACAGCAGCUUGCUCCAGCACUUCUACAGCACCUCUCUGGACCUGACUGAGACUGAGAGAGGCAGGACUCUGGACAGUCACACACACAGCGACAGCGUCUUUGAGGUUCCCAGUGCGCACACUCAGGGAUUUGAGGACAGCUAAGUGCAGGGGUGCUGGUCUUACCAAGGGCAAAGCUGAGAAAGCCAGCAGGGCUCCUGACUAAGGUUUUUCAGAACCAUCACAGAAGCGUCCCAAAACAUUGUGUCUGCACUCCUGACUGUCCCAAAUAUUAGAACUGCUUUUAUUUAUAUUGCUGUGAAAUUCUUAUACUACCGAUCUAUGGACUCCCCGAAACAGUGAACAAUGAAAAUUGGUCCAAAGGAUAAUUAAACACAAAAAAUUAUGCAGUGGUUUCGUAAAUUAUUGUAAAUGAAAGUAUAUGAUAUAUAUAAGUCACUUAUAUAUAAUUGGCUUAUCAUCGUGCAUAACAGUUGCUCAGCUAAUACAGCCUGUGAAUAGUAGGCUCCUACCGUAUUAGGCCAGGCCUUAAAAGAGCAGUACAAGAAUAUAAAAGCCCUUUAAGCUAAAGCUGCCAUGAAAUGUGAACAUACACCAUCACUAGCUUUGUGCUAACAUGGCAUUACAAAAGCAAGCAUUAUUAUAUUCAUAAACAAAGACUGCAUAAAAAACAAAAAUUGCUGCAUUUAACGUUGCCAUGUGAUUACAUUUACAGUACGUUCAUGAUGAAAUGUGUGUUUUUUGGGGUUUUUUACAGACGCUCAGUGUUAAUUUAAUGGAAAUGCUUUUUCUUGUGCCUGGGCGAUGGCAUAGUAUUAGUCGGGAGCCUUGGACCUCAUCAACUGUGUAAGGGAAGAUUUCACACUUAAAUACUGAUGCACUUGUAAGACUCAAGCAAUAAUUUUAUAAUAAAAGAUGUUUAAAAAAGCAUGUUUAUAGGAUCGCACCAUUUUUAUGGGGACCUUCUGGGCCAAAUCACCGCGGGAAUUAGCGUCUACCAUCAUCUAACGCUCUGAAUUCAGUUCAUGAAAACCUUGCUAAUUUGCAGAUGAGCUGAGUCGGGUGUUUUUAAUGAGGCGGUGUGCUGAAUUCUGCAGUGUUGUGGCCCACAAGGACUGGAGCCUGACACACGUGUUCUAAGUAAAAGUUUGUGUUUCUUCUUACAGCUGAUGCACAAGAUAGUGAAGACCGACAGGUAGCCAGCUAAGACAGCUCAUUACAGCCGUAUUGUUAAGCUACUCAGGUAACAGUUUAUUUUAAUUAUGCUUAAGCUAAUAAACAGCACUCCGAGAAAAAUAGUGCGCUACUGAGCGUGUGAUGCCGUGAGCCUUAAUUGCAUCUCUCUUGGUGCUACUUCACAAGUUAAAGCAUCUUCUACCUCAGCCAGCGCUGGGUAAGUAAAGUGAUGCAAUAUUAUUAAUCACUUUAUAACGUAAUUGCAUUAUUUUGUGUGGCAUCAUACUGAUUAAAAAAGCUUAAGUUCUGUCAUACACAUUAUGGCCAAAAAUAUGUGGACACCUGACCAUCACACCCAUAUGAGCUUGUUAGACGUCCCAAUCCAAAACCACUGGCAUUGAUAUGGAGUUGGUCCCCUGAGGUGUUGCUUCCAUAGCACUUACAGUUGUCUAGCGCAGCUCUAGCAGGGCAGAAAUUUUAGAAACAGCUGGCAUGACAGUGCUGUGUAUAAAGUCACUGAGUUCUUCAAUGUGACACACUACUGCCAGUGUUUGUCUAAGUGCUUGAUUUCAUACAUCUGUUAUCAAUAAGCAUGGCUGAAUUACAUAAUUAAGGGUGUCCACACUUUUUGCCAUAUAACGUAUAUUAUUCAGUUAACAUUUUAUUAGUUGGGGACAGGACGUGUUAGCGAAUUAUUAUAAAAAUUUUAGGGGCUGGAAAAAAUCAGAGUGUGUUGAUUUUCAUUGCCCUCGCCCCACUGUUCUCCCAGUGCCGCUGCUUUGUACUGUUGUUCCUUUCUGUAUCAAAACUAGCUCUAUGACGUUACCAGCCUGUGAUCAGCAUAGAAAGAUGCUUUAUGUUCAGUGUCAAAUUUGGCUGGUCAAAGGUAUGUUCCUUUUAUUCUCUUUAAUUUAUGUGAUAUUUUCUUAUUUUCAAACAUCAUAAGAGUCAACAUUGUGCAAGAACUGAUUCUGUUCCUGUUUUGCACAUACGCUCGUCUUGCACUUUAUUGCUGACAUUAAUGAUGUUUGCACACGCAAUGCUGGAACAAUGUGAAAUGUCACCAGUGUUCAAAAUAAAGAAUCGUCAGUCUUUGAAA